UUCCCAUCUUGGGUGGUUCUUGUGAGCGACCUCCAAACAGGAUUCUCCUAUGAAGUGCUGCGGUGAGAGGUCUGAUGUCAGGACCUGAGCUGUCACAGCUCUCCAGACUUCUGCAGGAGCCCAAAGACCACCGGCAGACGCACGAGAUCCCACAAACAGACAUGGAGUCCAAACCUGACGGUGGAUCAGCUGCUGUGACAAGUGAAGAACUGGCUGCUGUUGAGGAUGAAGAGGUCCUCAAUAAGAUGCUGGACAAUGCAACAGAUUUUGAUGAGAGGCGAAUGAUCCGCGCGGCACUGAGAGACUUGCUGAAGAAAAAGAGAGAUAAACGGGAGCAGGAGCGAGGUUCGAGGCAGCAGGACCUGAGACAGCAGGGCCUGGGCAAAGGAGGGACGACGGGCGCAGCUGGUAGUACAGGCAGAGCGUCCAUGAACCAGCAGUCAUCAACACACAAACCAGCAGGUCAACCCUCUCCGUCGGCCUCCUCGGCAGGAAGCAAGGCCAGUCCAGCUGCAGCCUCAGCCCAGAAAUGUCCUGCUGCUGCAGCACCCAACGCCAAAAAUGUCAAACAGAUGCUUCUGGAUUGGUGCAGGGCCAAAACGGAGCCAUAUGAGGGGGUGGACAUCAAGAACUUCUCUUCAAGUUGGAAAGACGGCAUUGCCUUUUGCGCCUUGGUCCACCGGUUCUUCCCCGAUGCGUUCGAGUACUCCAUCCUCGACCCCAACAAGCCCAGGGAAAACUUCCAGCUGGCUUUCAACACUGCAGAGACGCUGGCGGGCUGCGCCCCUCUGCUGGACCCUGAUGAUUUAGUCCGCAUGAAAGAGCCCGACUGGAAGUGUGUGUACACGUACAUCCAGGAGUUCUACCGCUGCCUGGUGGAGAGAGGCCUGGUGAAAACAAAAAAGCGGCCGUAGACCUCCUGAAAAGUCUGAAAAGACACAGCCUGCGUGUGAUUUUCACUUGUAGAAUCAAAACCCACACCGCACAAGAUGAGGUCAAAAAGAUAAUCACAUGCACAUUCAACUUGCCAUGGAGGGGAAGAGGUUCAGCUGAUGCACCACAAGAAAGUGAAUGCCAGGUGCCUAAUGUGUAGUAUUUGUACUGGUGUGUGUGUGUGUGUGUGUGUGUGUGUGUGUGUGUGUGUGUGUGUGUGUGUGUGUGUGUGUGUGUGUGUGUGUGUGUGUGUGUGUGUGUGUGUGUGUGUGUGUGUGUGUGUUUGUGUCUGUGUGCUCUCAGUAGACAGCUGGCGCUUAGGAUCAGUACAUUCCACUGAGAUUACACAUCUGCAUUUAAUCCCAGUCACGGCCACCGAGAAUCUGGGAACAUAUUUUAUGAUGAUGAUGAUGCUGUCUAUGUUGCCAUGACUGUGUGAGUAUUAAAGACACAUUUAACAAUUA